CGCCCCGGAAGUGCAAAGUCUGUUCCCUCGCCGGUGUAGCUUGCGCGGGUGAACAAGCGGCUGCUUUCAAGAUGCCGGGAGCCGCAGCAAAGGGGUCAGAGUUGUCCGAGAGGAUCGAGAGUUUCGUGGAGACCCUGAAGCGGGGCGGCGGGCAGCGAAGCUCAGAGGACAUGGCUCGGGAGACUUUGGGGCUGCUGCGCCGAAUCAUCACCGACCACCGCUGGAGCAACGCUGGGGAGCUAAUGGAGCUGAUCCGCAGAGAGGGAAGGAGGAUGACGGCCGCGCAGCCCUCCGAGACCACUGUAGGCAACAUGGUGCGGAGAGUUCUUAAGAUCAUCCGGGAGGAGUAUGGCAGACUCCACGGACGCAAUGACGAGAGUGAUCAGCAGGAGUCCCUGCAUAAGCUCUUGACAUCCGGAGGCCUGAAUGAAGAUUUCAGCUUCCAUUAUGCCCAACUUCAGUCCAACAUCAUUGAGGCGAUUAAUGAGCUGCUAGUGGAGCUGGAAGGGACAACUGAGAACAUUGCAGCCCAGGCCCUGGAACACAUCCACUCCAAUGAGGUGAUCAUGACCAUUGGCUUCUCCCGAACAGUAGAGGCCUUCCUCAAAGAAGCUGCCCGAAAGAGGAAAUUCCAUGUCAUUGUGGCAGAAUGUGCUCCUUUUUGCCAGGGUCAUGAAAUGGCUGUCAAUUUGUCCAAAGCAGGUAUUGAGACAACUGUCAUGACUGAUGCUGCCAUUUUUGCUGUUAUGUCAAGAGUCAACAAGGUGAUCAUUGGCACAAAGACCAUCCUGGCUAAUGGUGCCCUGAGAGCGGUGACAGGAACUCACACUCUGGCACUGGCAGCAAAGCACCAUUCCACCCCACUCAUCGUCUGCGCACCGAUGUUCAAACUCUCUCCACAGUUCCCCAAUGAAGAAGAUUCAUUUCAUAAGUUUGUGGCUCCUGAAGAAGUCCUGCCUUUCACAGAAGGGGACAUUCUGGAGAAGGUCAGCGUUCAUUGCCCUGUGUUUGACUACGUCCCCCCAGAGCUCAUUACCCUCUUUAUCUCCAACAUUGGUGGGAAUGCACCAUCCUACGUCUAUCGCCUGAUGAGUGAACUCUACCACCCUGAUGAUCAUGUCCUAUGACCACCACCUGUCCUAAGCAGAAAUCGCUUGGGCAGACCCAGAACGGAGAGGAGAUUUCAGUGCUGCUGCUGCAACGCAUCUUUCUUUCUUUCUUUUUUUUUUUUUAUUGGCUUUUUUAUUUUAUUUCCUUGCUUAUUUUUUAUUUCUUUACUUUUUUUUUUUUGUUGUUGAGACAGGGUCCCACCCUAUGCCCCUGAGCAGAGUGCAGUGGGUGUGGUAGCUCACCACAACCUCAGACUCGGGCUGCGGGCACCCCUGCUGCCUCAGCCUCUGGAAGCCGCUGGGAUUACAGGUGCUCACCGGGGCGCCCGGCUGGGUUUUUCCAUUUUUUUCACGAGUCGGGGUCUCACUGUCACUCAGGCGAGUCUCGAACUCCUGAGCUCAAGCGAUUCUCCCUCCUCAGCCUCCUACAGUGCUGGGAUUACAGGCGUGAGCCACUGCGCCCGGCGCAAUGCAUCCUUCUUGCAGUGGGGGAAUGAACAGGAGUCAACCUGGAAAAAGCCUUGAUACUGUCACCUGCCCUUUUAGUCAUCCCACAACAAGGCACACAUCUAGGACUGUUUCUUGCCUUUCAGGCCUUAACAGAACAGCAGGACUUCACUUACUGAUUUUGGAGUCUCUUAGUGACUGCGGCUGCAUCUGUUUCAGGAACUUAAACUUUAUGGUUCAAUGGUGUGUUAAACUUAACACAGAGUACCUUGCUGGGAUGCAGAUUUUUGCUCAGAAAUGGCUACCACACCUUUUCCUAGGCUGUGCCAAUAAAAGCUACUUGAAGGUUC